AUGGCCCCCGUCCCUUCCUCCAAUGAGACGCCCGACCUCACUGGAAUCGAGUACGUCCCCUCACUCGACCGUCGCACUCUUGCCGAGGCCUCCACCUCGGCCUCCAUGACUUAGCCUCUGCCACUCGUUCUGCUCCCCGGACCACUCGGCCCAAGUGCACUGACCCAAUCAAAGUUUGGUCGACUCACAGCUAUGCCAAGUAUUUCUCGGCUGGCGGUCUGUGUGCCAUGCUAACCCAUGGCGCUGUCACUCCCAUGGGUACGUCACUCACCGAAACGACAGCGUGGCCGUCUCUCCUAGCGCCGAGUGAGCAAUUACGAGACCGAGCUGACCGCAUGCCCAAAUCGCUGGUGCCUCGCCGCUGCACUACCCGUAACUCCCAUCCGGAUAUUCUCCCAACGCGUGUCAUCGACGAAAUAUCCUCCUUGGCGCAAUAGAUGUCGUGAAGACGCGCAUCCAACUCGACCCCAAGCUCGGCAAGCUUGGGAUGGUCGGCACCGCGCGAGGCAUCAUCGCCGAGGAGAGCGUCAAGGGACUCUUCACCGGCUUUGGUGCAACCGCUGUGGGCUAUUUGGUGCAAGGUAUGUUGCAAACUCUAGCGAAGGAAGUGGGAAACGACUAUCUGAUACCUGUGUCGCCAUGCUCGCUGUCGCUCGGUGGGAUCAGGUGGGGCAAAGUUUGCCGGUUACGAGUUCUGGAAGAAGAAGUGAGUCAUGGCAAAGCUUUCCAUGGUCUGAACUACGUGCUGAUAUAAAAACGCUGCUUUAUAGGUUCGUGGAUGCCCAAGGUGGCUACGAAGCCGCGACGCCGAACCGAACAACGAUCUAUCUCGGAUCUGCCGCCAUUGCCGAAUUCUUCGCCGAUGUGAGCUGCGAUCAAUCCAGACAUGUACGAUGAUCGACGCCGAGCUGACCCCCUGAAAUGUUCGACUCUUCGGUCGUUCUAGAUCCUCUUGACGCCGUUGGAAGCUGUCCGCAUUCGAACGGUCUCGGAUCGAACCUACGCUUCUGGACUGGCCACCGGCUUUUUGAGGAUGGCGCGGGAAGGUGGUGUCUCAGAGAUGUACGCAGGAUUUGUCCCCAUUCUCGUAAGUCCUUCUUUCGCUACGGCCAGAUUCCGAACCGUGAGAUCUUCGGGCUGAUCACAAUUCUCGCUUACCCUUCGUCCCUUACUUCUGAUCGUUAUCGUUCGGACGGACAUAUAGUUCAAGCAAAUCCCCUUCGCCCUCGGUCAGUUCGUGACCAACGAAUGGGCCCAUGAAACCGUGUAUAAGCAGCUCUCUGCCGAAAAGCGCAAAAAUCUGAGCGUCCUGGAGGAGACGGGUAUCACGCUCGGAUGCGGUGUCGUCGCUGGCAUUUCGGCCGCCGUCUUGUCGCACCCCGCCGAUACCUUGUUGUCGCAGGUAAGCAGAUUAUGACUUGUAUACUCCGCGUACGAUUUCAAUACUCAUCCUUCUGAUACUCCUCAUGCCUAGAUCAACAAGGGCAAAGGAGGCAAGGGUGGAAUUUUCAAGCGACUCGGAACAUUGGCCUCCGAAGCCGGACCGGCUGGUCUCUUCUCUGGACUUGGACCUCGUGUUGUACGUUUGACCGGUCACAGGAGAGUUACACGUCGACUUGAACCUGACGUGUCAUCUUCCUUGGGUGACGUGCAGGUCAUGACGGCCGGGUUGGUCUCGGCUCAAUUCUUCCUUUAUGGCACGAUCAAGAAGUCUCUGUAAGUGGAGCGGUGCGCCUCUUGGAAGCCCUGGGAAUUCGAAGACUUACAAUCGUCUGCACAUCUGAUUCUCGCAGCGGUGCUCGACCCGGCAUCGAGAUUCACAAAGCCGACUAA